AUGCGGUUAAUAUCGCUUCUCACCUGCUUUGUCGCCUUCCUGGCGCCAAUGGCAUCCGCCCUGAAGCUCCUCGAAUCUAAUGCGCUCAGUGUUUGCAUGGAAAGUAGCAACUUCACGGCAACAUAUUUCAACGUUGUCUUCUACCCAGGCAACAACUCCCUUGUGAUCGGCUUCGAUGGUGUUUCCUACAUCACGGGUAAGGUCGUUGCGGAGAUGACUCUGACCGCGUACGGAUACGAGGCGUACUCCAAGACCCUGAAUCCUUGUGAAAUUGACGGCAUGGGCAUGUGUCCUAUGGCCGCUGGUCCCAUGGAUUUGGGUCCUCUUUCGCUCGACCUGCCAGGUGACACGGCUAGCAGCAUUCCAGGCAUUGCCUACACUGUACCCGAUCUUGAUGCGAAUGUUCGAAUUGUCAUCAAGACGGCCGACACGAAAGAAAAGAUUGCUUGUGUUGAGGCAUCGCUUUCCAAUGGUCAAACCGUAUAUCAAGUUGGAGUCGCGUGGACAACAGCCAUUAUAUCAGGCUUAGGUCUAGCUGCAUCUGCGAUUACCUCUGGACUUGGUCAUUCCAACACCGCAGCUCACGUUGCGGCGAACGCGCUGUCUCUCUUCGGUUUCAUGCAAUCGCAAGCCAUGAUUGGCAUGACUUCGGUUCACAUGCCCCCAAUUGUGCAGUCUUGGACCCAGAACUUCCAAUGGAGUAUGGGUAUCAUCGAUAUUGGAUUCAUUCAGACCAUUGCUACUUGGUACCAGCGGGCGACCGGUGGAACCCCGUCGACUGUCUUCUCGCAGCUUGGAGAUACUUCCGUGGAGGUCCUGAAGCGUCGCAAGCGUGAUCUGGCCGAUUCCGCAAUGGGCAUAGUCAAGAGAUCCGCUGGAACAUUGGUUAAGCGUGCAACCGGAAUGGCCAAGAGAGCCGACUCGAGCCAGAAACUCCUUGUCAUCCGAGGAAUCGAGCGUGUUGGUUUCCGCGCUAACAUCGAAGCAACAAACAUUUUCAUGACUGGUCUUAUCUUCUUUGCUGCCUUCGUGAUUAUCGUCGUCAUCAUUGUUGCAGCAUUCAAGGGAAUCACCGAAUUGCUCGUCAAGCACGGCAAGAUGAAGCCCGAGCGCUUCCAGGACUUCCGCAAUGGAUGGAGAGUUGUGCUGCGUGGUAUUCUCUUCCGACUGACUCUCAUCGGCUUCCCCCAAAUGACCGUCCUUUGCUUGUGGGAGUUUACCCAGCGUGAUUCGGCUGCUGAGGUUGUCCUUGCAGUGGUCAUGAUUCUCUCUAUGCUGAUCUCCCUGGGAUGGGCUUCGCAGAAGGUGAUCCGUCUCGCAAAGCGCUCCGUUACCAUGCACAAGAACCCCGCCUACAUUUUGUACUCCGACCCAUCCUGCCUCAACAAGUGGGGCUUCUUGUACGUACAGUACCGUGCGACCGCCUACUACUUUGUUGUCCCAUUCCUCAUCUACACCCUUAUCAAGGGUAUGUUCAUUGGUCUGAGUCAGCCUGCGCCAGUUGUCCAGACUGUCGCUCUCUUGGUGCUCGAGCUUGCCAUGCUUGUUGCCGUCUGCGUUCUUCGUCCGUGGAUGGACAAGAAAACCAACGUCUUCAACAUCUCCAUUGCAGUGAUUAACUUCAUCAACUCGAUCUUCCUCCUGGUUUUCUCUGAUGUGUUCAACCCUCCCGGAAUGAUGAUUGGUGUGAUGGGUGUGAUCUUCUUCGUUUACAAUGCCGUCUUCGCCUUGAUCCUCUUGAUCCUCGUUCUGAUCGCCUCGGUCUACGCCGUUAUUUCCAAGGACCCUGAUACUCGCUACCAGCCUAUGCGCGACGACCGUGGCUCUUUCAUCAAGUCUCAGACCCAACUCACCACUGAGCUGGAUGCCCUAGGUGCUACAGCACGUGGUGACUCCAAGCCCGGAGAGUACCACAACAACCCAUUCGACGAUGACACUGCUUCCAUCUCCAGUGGAAAUGGCGCUAGCGUUGGCCAUCAAAUGCAAACCACCCAAACCACCCACCAACAGCAUUCUGUCACUCAGGCUCCCCGGUCACCCGUUGACCCAUCCGUGCCGCUCUUCCCCAGCAACGUCUCGGGCCACCACGCUCCUCCAGGAUAUGACCAGUACGGUCGCGCACCUUCACCUGCCCCCCGGAGCUUCGAUAACAACUCCCCGGUUGGGCAAUCUGCUUUGUCGGCAAAUUACCGAGCUCAAAAUAACGCCAGUCCAUGGCAGCGGGGCGCUGGCUACGACCACUAA